GCUGUGUUUGAUUUUACACCAUGUCUCUUGUCCUCUCAAGUCCCCAGGAAACCCUCCAGGAAAACUCUUUGGAUCCAGUCGCCAGCUCUGGAAUUGUUGUGCAGGAUACCAUUGUGGUGAGAGUCUCCUCCACCAGAACAUUGCCUGUGUCCAGGGUCUUCAGUACAGUCUAUAUCACCUACUCAAUCACUGAGUUGUCUGUCUUGACUGUUACGCCUGAUGAAAAUGGCUCCAUUAGCAACCCAGGUAGUCUCGAGACUAUUGCUGGCACCUCUGUCUACGCUGGCAGCUCUGCUGUAUCGUUGAUUGUGGGCCUUUCCAACUCCUCCACUCUGUUCUCUUCAAAUUCUGCUUCCCAAUCCCCAGAAACCUCAGAAAACGCAGCUUUCAAUAUCCAUAGCCAAAAUCAUAUAUAUCACUUUGCUGGUCAUACACGACAGGAUUCCAGCAGCGCUGCGAAGAAAUUAAAACUUGGUUUAUUAUUUGUGGGAAUUUUUGGCAUUAGUUUGGUUUUAUAAUUUUUAUUAUUCAUUGUUUAUUAUUCAUUGGCCAUUGGCCAUUGGCUGCUCGGUAUUUUUUUAUCCUUGAUUCUUUUAUGUUUCAUUUCCUAAAAAGUCGGUUUAUUUUUGUUGACUCUUAAAUUUGUAUUAGUAGAUUUCUAUGAUUUUUCUGGUUUUAUUUACAACUCUUAGUUCUUUCUCUUUCUCCUUGGAUAUUUUAAAUUUCUUGACUAUUUUUUUGCUUUUUUUUCUUUAUUUCACCACACUCUUGUGGUUUUGGACUUUGAUUUCUUAUUUUAGACGAAGCUCAUUAAUUAUUUAGGACACUAUCUUAAACUCAAUCUAUACUCUAUAUAUAGUCUCUAUGUAA